AGGAGGGACUGCCCCCGCCCCCCAGCGAGGGCCCCGAGCAGGGCGGCCAGGGGAGCGGGGCGGGGAGCGGGUGCGGUGCGGGAGCCGGGACGACCAGGGAGGCGGCCCCGCGUCACCGCUCCUCCCGCAGGCCUGCAAGAUGGGCUGCGGUCCAGCUCCAACAGCCGCAGCGGCAGCCGGGGUUCCGUGACCCAGCAGAUCCGUAGGCUCAACCAGCAGCCUCCCCAGGGGCUGGGCCCGCGAGGCUUUGACCCAAAUCGAUACCGACUGCAUUUUGAACGGGACAGCCGGGAGGAGGUGGAGAAGAGAAAGAGAGCGGCCCGCGAGCAAGUGCUACAGCCCGUCAGCGCCGAGAUGCUGGAGCUGGACAUCCAGGAGGUCUACCAGCCCGGUUCCGUGCUGGACUUCCCCCGCCGCCCCCCUUGGCGCUAUGAGAUGUCCAAGGAGCAGCUAAUGAGCCAGGAGGAGCGGAGCUUCCAGGAGUAUCUUGGGAAGAUUCAUGGGGCUUACACCUCGGAGAAGCUCAGCUACUUCGAGCACAAUCUGGAGACGUGGAGGCAGCUGUGGCGGGUGUUGGAGAUGUCUGACAUCGUCCUGCUCAUCACCGAUGUCCGGCAUCCGGUUGUGAAUUUCCCGCCAGCACUGUACGAGUAUGUGACUGGAGAGCUUGGGCUGGCCCUGGUGCUGGUGCUGAACAAGGUGGAUCUGGCCCCGCCGGCUCUCGUGGUCGCCUGGAAGCAUCCUCGCAUCCCACAGGACCAUAGUGGCGUGUUGAAGAAGAGUCGGAGGCGGGGGAGAGGAUGGGCUCGGGCCCUGGGGCCGGAGCAGCUGCUGAGAGCCUGUGAGGCCAUCACUGCGGGGAAAGUGGACUUGAGCAGCUGGCGGGAAAAGAUUGCCCGCGACGUGGCUGGGGCCGCCUGGGGCAGUGCCUCGGGGGAAGAUGAGGAAGAGGAUGAUGGGCCCACGGUCCUGGUGGAGCAGCAGACUGACUCGGCCAUGGAGCCAGCCGGCCCCGCCCAAGAGCGCUACAAGGACGGCGUGGUGACCAUCGGCUGUGUGGGGUUCCCCAACGUGGGAAAGUCCUCACUGAUCAAUGGGCUGGUGGGGCGGAAGGUCGUGAGCGUCUCCAGAACCCCGGGCCACACGCGGUACUUUCAGACCUACUUUCUGACCCCCUCCGUGAAGCUCUGUGACUGCCCGGGCCUCAUCUUCCCCUCCCUUCUGCCCAGGCAGCUGCAGGUUCUGGCAGGGAUCUACCCCAUCGCCCAGAUCCAGGAGCCCUACACUGCUGUGGGCUACCUGGCCGCCCGGGUCCCCGUGCAGGCCCUGCUCCACCUGCGCCACCCGGAGGCCGAGGACCCCGUGGCCGAGCACCCCUGGUGUGCCUGGGACAUCUGUGAAGCCUGGGCAGAGAAACGUGGCUACAAGACAGCUAAGGCGGCGCGGAACGAUGUGUACAGAGCGGCCAACAGUCUCCUGAGGCUGGCGCUGGAUGGCCGCCUCAGCCUGUGCUUCCACCCGCCGGGCUACCUGGACCAAAAAGGCACCUGGGAGUCCCAUCCAGAGACCACGGAGCUGGUGGUUUUGCAGGGUAGGGUGGGGCCAGCCGGUGAUGAGGAGGAAGAGGAGGAGGAGGAAGAAGAGCUGAGCAGCUCCUGUGAAGAGGAGGGAGAGGAGGACCGAGAUGCGGAUGAGGAGGGGGAAGGGGAUGAGGACACCCCAACCUCAGUUCCAGGGUCCAGCCUGGCCUCUCGAAACCCUUACACCAUGCUGGGCGAGGACGAGUGCUGAGCCAGGCGCUCUCCCUCCCAGUGUCUGCUUUUGGACGGACCCGGGGUGUCCCCUCUGCCUCCCAGCUGUGAAUAAAGAUGGUCUGCUUUGUAGCCCUUUCCCCAGAUGGCCUCAGGUGGGCGCGCUGCCCGAGACGGACGGACAGCGGUGGGAGGCUUCUCUGCGAAGGAAAAGUUCUCUUAGGAGUCAAGUCAGUGGGUGUGAGGCCACUGCCACGCACCUCGGGAAUGCCAUGGUCCCCAUGGGGAGCCCAGGGCUCUUCAGCUUCUGAGGCCUGGUCUGAGUUCAACCCCUUGAGGAGAUUGUGUCAUCCCUCUCAGGUGUAAGCAGCGGCCUGUGUGCCCCCUGCUGCCAGACCUGGGUUCUACCAGGAGCUUCUGGGAGAGAAGCAGCAAGAAGUGACACUACUGAUGUCUCCAAGUGAGAAUUUUACAGGAUUUAUUCAAAUUCUGCAAGUAUUUGUGGAGUGUGGACUGUGUCGGGCUGGGCUAAGCGCCUAGCGUGUAACGAUGCACAGAUGGGCCUGCCUGGACUUUGCGGCCUGGCCGUGGCGCACUGCACUCCGGCAGCCACGUUCCUGGGUUAAGGGUGUGUAGUGUUCUCCAAAUUCUUGGGCUCAUACAGUAUAAUUCUAGAGUUUCCUGUUGAUGAAAAUACUUAGUUAAGACUAAAUGCUUGUGAAAAUGCUGA